GAGAAUAAUGCACUGAGAGAGAGGAGGAGAGUGGAAUGCAUAUGCAACUGUAACGCCUGAGCUUGCAGCUGCAUUUGAGAGAGAGAGGGUUUUAGACAGACUAGGUCAACAAGGAGUGAGAGGCUGCAAUAUACAGUGGGAGAAAGAAAAACGUGAACAGCGAGACAAAGGAGGGGAUGUAAGAAAAAUGGGAGAGGACAGAGGUUUGACAGAGAUCAUUUCAAAAGCAACAGAUGCAAGUGUGUUGCCUGUUUUCUGAUGGGAGACUGUGUAUUCAAUCAGGAAUCAAACUGGACUUUAUUGUACAUCUUGACUGGACCAAGACUGGUGGCUGACAGCGGGUAUUACCUUGUUUUUUGCUGCUCAGACAGUUUUCAGGAAUAAAGAAUACAGGGCUGUUAUCCACAUCAUACAAAAGAACCACCUAAAAUACUGACUGGACUUAUUUAUAUCACUGCCUGUUAGAGGCAUGAAGACUGUGCCAAGGCUGCACUAUUUGCCAUUUUUGGUGUACCCAGGUAACCAGGACCUCCUCUUGGGAUAAUGGAGACUGCUAAUCAGACAGCGAGUGAAUCUCAAGGCGCUGGACAAACUUUGGCACCUCUCUGCACAGUCCGUUGUUGUGGACUACUAAACCGAACAGUGGCAGUCAUGUUCAUGGUCAGCCUGGAUUUUGCCAUUGUGGUGGGAAACGUGGUGACGCUUACUGUUUUCAUGCAGACCCGGCAUUCUCGAACACCACAGGGCUACCUCAAAGUGUCCCUGGCCAUCGCCGACAUGAUGGUUGGAGUUUUGGUUGUACCAUUUUCUGUGUACACUGAAAUCUCUCUCAUGGUAACCAGCACUCCACCGCUGUGGUACCAGGGCAUCUCAACAGCUUCACCGGAGGGUGGAUCAGGACCUUGGCAACCCUGCAUGCUGAUUGGUCCAGUUUUUGCUGGAUGCACUUUUGUCUCAAUUAGUACUAUCUUUCUGAUGACGGUGGAGCGCAGUGUUGCAAUCCUGCGUCCACUGCAUAAAGACACUCUUGUGACGCAGCAUCGUACCAUGUUCCUAAUUCUCUUGUCCUGGACUGGCAGCUUCUUUCUGGCAAUGGCUCCGCUCAUGCUAAGCAACAGCUUCACGUUGGAGUACAAUGAAUGCAGCCGCAUGUGCAACUAUGCACCCAUACUAAUCAAACAGCAGCUGCCUCCAGAUGCAAACAUCCUUCUGCUGUUUCCAGCUUUUGACUUCAGUUUGCUGGGUGGGACGUUAGCUGUCAACAUCCUGUCCUUCACCAGCAUCCGCCGAUAUUCUCGCAAACGGAAGCUGCUUUCUGAGGGAAGUCUCGGCAUGGACUCAGGAGCUGGUGGGUGUCCUCACAGGCCCUCUUUUUCCGAUAUCAAAGCAGCUAAAACCAUUGGAAUCCUCACCUUUGCCUUCACAGCCUCGUUCUCUCCUAUCGCAGUAUUUGUGCUGGGGAACGUAGUGGGAUACACCUGGUGCAACUUCUCCUUUUUUGCAUUUUGGAUUCUGACGAGCAAUAGCUGCUGCAAUGUGAUUAUUUACAGUGUGCGGGACCACCGUUUUAGGAAAGGGCUGACGCUGCUUUUUCAACGGGACAGACCACAACCUCACUCAGAGAAAAGCUGAGAUUUUUUGGACAGGACCUGGGAAAAGGCUGGCACUGACUUCACUUUCUUCAUCUCCUGUCACUUUCAGUUUAUUAACAGUUUAUUACAUUAACAGUUUCCUUUUCAGGAUCUUCUCACAAACGGUUCAGGGACAACGAUAAGCAUCGUUCCAGGGAUUGUGGCAGUUGUCAUUAUGUUUUACAGAGAAUUAUAGUCUUUAUUAGCAUAUCCCUACAGUUAUUUUUUUAUUCACUGAAGAUGAUCAUAAUUAUAAGAGAUAUCACCACAUCUAAAUGUGCGCAAUUGUAUGUAUGAAAUACAGAGAAAUGCCUUAUUGAUUAUUGUUUUGCAUAUUCAGCAUAAAUCUGUAAAAUAUGUAUGCGAGACAAUUUUGAAUGUGAUUUCUAAAAACAAUUAACAGUUUGAAAGAAUUCUAUUUGUACCUACAGUAAUCUGGCUCAAAUAAUGGUGUAAUUGAGUAAGUCCACACAAAGUUCACAUAUGCAAUCAUGUUAAAAUCACACAUGAAAAAUGUGGAAAACAUAUGAAACGUGGUUUUGAAACUUCAUUCUGUAAAUGUGUGAAACCCAUGUGUAUGAACCCAUCACGUAUGAACACGUAAACAAAUGCGGAUGUGUGGACAAAUGGGUUUUACACAUUUACCAUAAAAAUUUCAUGUGUGUUUCACAUAUUUUGCAUGUGAUUUUAACAUGUGAUGUGAUUUUUCUGAAAGGGAUUGACUUGAACGCUACAGCUGAGAUACCCUUUGUUUAAAAAAUAAAAAUAAUAUUAUAGAUUCUUCUUUGCAUUCCUAGAUUUUAAUUUCUAUUUAACAUAAUAAUAAUAAUAAUAAUAAAGUGAAAAAAUACAGUAUUUAAGUAGAUAACCUUUGUAACAACUAGCUUACACCCUUAACACUGUGAAGUACAUAAUCAGUGCUAUAUUAUUGAUAGAAUGAGACUUAAGAAUUUUUAAUAAACAA